AUGGGUCUAUGAAGGGUCUUGUUUCAAAUUCUGUGCUGAGACGCAGGCGGAGUAACAGCAACCACUGAGAAGGAGGAUCGGUGGAAAAUGUAUAGAUAGGCUAAUUGUAACGUUCUAAUGUGCAGGAGUAGCGUUCAAAAUUUAGAGCCCAAGUUUACAGAACAGAAGCUUGGACAUUGUAAGCGCUGGACGGUCAUGACGAAUGAGAAUCUGUGGCGAUAACAAUGUUUCAUCUUUUUCCACUCUACAUCCUUGGAUACGUUACGCGCGUGUGUAUUCGUUUAAUUUCAAGAAUGUGUGUGAUACAGAGUGCGAGGAGUACUAUAGUGCGAGGACCGUAACGACUCUAAUGUCCAAUUACAAUCUAAAGUUGUAAAAAUGCACGCAGCUACCAGCCUCUCAAUGGUCAGUUUGCUAAGUUUUGGCUAUCUAUCCAUGGAAUGGAUCAAGCCGAAUAAAGUGGAGGAGCACACUCAAAACGAUCCCUCUAUUACGUUUGAGCCCAAACAACCACCACACAUCAUAUUCAUACUGACGGAUGACCAAGGCUUCAAUGACAUAGGUUACCACAACCCGGACAUUCGUACUCCAACUCUAAACAAACUGGCCUCCGAAGGGGUGAAGCUGGAGAAUUAUUACGUUCAACCUAUCUGCACUCCGUCACGCAGUCAGCUGAUCACGGGCAGAUACCAGAUCCACACAGGCCUUCAGCAUUCCAUCAUCCGGCCUCGACAGCCCAACUGCCUCCCCCUGGACAUGACCACACUCCCACAGCGACUGCAGGAAGCAGGGUACGCUACUCACAUGGUGGGCAAAUGGCAUCUUGGCUUCUACAGGAAGGAGUGUCUGCCCACACGCAGAGGCUUCCACAGCUACUUUGGCUCUCUGACGGGCAGUGUGGACUACUACACGUAUGGUUCCUGUGACGGACCAGGCCUAUGUGGCUACGACCUCCACGAGGGGGAGACCGUGGCCUGGGGCCGUGGAGGCAAGUUCUCCACCCACCUCUACACACAGAGGGUACGCAAGAUCCUGUCCACUCACGACCCGUCCCGCCAGCCCCUCUUCAUGUUCCUCUCCCUCCAGGCUGUCCACACGCCCCUUCAGUCACCCAAGGCCUACAUCUACCCCUACCGCGGGAUGGGGAACGUAGCCAGAAGGAAGUACGCAGCCUUGGUGUCCAUCGUAGACGAGGCUGUACGCAAUGUCACCUACGCUCUGCGCAAGUACGGCUACUACCGCAACAGUGUGCUCAUCUUCUCCACUGACAACGGUGCCCAGCCGUUCACUGGGGGGAGUAACUGGCCCCUACGGGGACGUAAAGGGACCUACUGGGAGGGAGGUGUCCGUGGUGUGGGCUUCGUACACAGCCCACUGCUGCAUAACAAGCGGAGGGUCUCCAAGGCCCUCAUGCACAUCACUGACUGGUAUCCAACCCUGGUGGGUCUGGCUGGGGGUAACGUGUCACUGACUGAGGGUCUGGAUGGCUACAAUGUGUGGCCAACCAUCAGUGAAGGCAAAGAGUCUCCACGCCUGGAGAUACUCCAUAACAUUGACCCGCUCCAUCGGCGCACUGGCCUGCCCCCAUCUGGUUCUGGGCAGGAGGCCCAGCAUUUGUGGGACACCACGGUCCAGGCUGCCAUCCGGGUGGGGGACUGGAAGCUGCUAACAGGGGACCCGGGCCAUGGAGACUGGGUCCCACCACAGGUACUGGCCAACUUCCCCGGCAGCUGGUGGACCCUGGAGCGGAACACUGGAGGAACAGGGAAGUCUGUGUGGCUCUUUAACAUCACAAGAGACCCCUAUGAACGCAGUGACCUGGCGCUGCAGAGGCCUGAUGUGGUCAAACAGCUGUUAGCACGUCUGGCCUACUACAACCGCACUGCCGUCCCGGUCCGGUUCCCAACUGACGACCCCCGGGCCAACCCAGACCGCAACGGGGGAGCCUGGGUACCCUGGGUCGGGGGGGACGAAGACGAGCAGAAAUGGAACGGGGUCUACAAAAAGGGGAGGAAUAAAAGGAAGAAGAAAUGCAAGCUGGGUAAACUGAGAUCCUUUUUCAAGAAACUGAAUACAAGGAUAAUGUCCAAUAGAAUAUGAGCUGGGAAAGUGAAUGACACUCAGUCACAUGUAGCCUUCGUCAGGGUUGGGUAGGUAACUUUCUAAAUGUAUUCCGUGACUCCUCAAUCCUGACUAUACAUUUAACACGGCAACAAUAUUCUGAGCCAGCAAUAUCCGUUUUCACACCUGUGUGUGCUUGUGAAAAGGGAAAAUGAUAUUUACUAUUGUGCAUCUCUUUGUCUGUGCCUUUAGAUGUUUUUGGAUGUAAGACUAUUGUGUUCUAUGGUAUUUGUUAAAUGUUCCACUACAUCUAUACGUAGUGUGUAGCUAAGUGAAUUGAACAUGCUGCAUGUAUACUUUGACCUACUCAAUUGUGGGUUAAUGGACUACUAAUUAACUGACCUGUUAUGGGAAUGUUUUUGAGAAUGUCUAAGAAACGAAACAACUUCUUUUUUGUUGUUGUUGAUAACCACAGAAAGUAACGUCAGAUUCUUUACUUCUUUGUGAAAACCAAAGACACUACCCACUGGGAAAAAACUGGUUGAGGCAAUGUUGUUUCCACGUCAUUUCAACCCCCCAAAAAUGUGAUGAUGUUGAUUCAACGUAGAAAACUCAUUGGAUUCACAAUAAAUCAUCAGCAUAAGGGCAUUUGGUCUUUUUUACACCCAACCUUUAACCUAAACCCAAUGACACGGUGACAUUUGUUGUUGAAUUCACAUUAGUUGACAACUCAACCAAGUAUAAAUCAAAGCUAGAUGUUGAACUGACGUCUGUGCCCAGUGGGUAAUACCAUAUUCCUCUAUAUGUCUUUGUGAUAACCACAGAAACUAACAUCAUAUUCCUCUAUAUGUCUUUGUGAUAACCACAGAAACUAACAUCAUAUUCCUCUAUAUGUCUUUGUGAUAACCACAGAAACUAACAUCAUAUUCCUCUAUAUGUCUUUGUGAUAACCACAGAAACUAACAUCAUAUUCCUCUAUAUGUCUUUGUGAUAACCACAGAAACUAACAUCAUAUUCCUCUAUAUGUCUUUGUGAUAACCACAGAAACUAACAUCAUAUGCCUCUAUAUGUCUUUGUGAUAACCACAGAAACUAACAUCAUAUUCCUCUAUAUGUCUUUGUGAUAACCACAGAAACUAACAUCAUAUGCCUCUAUAUGUCUUUGUGAUAACCACAGAAACUAACAUCAUAUGCCUCUAUAUGUCUUUGUGAUAACCACA